AUGGUAUGUAUGUUUGACGAUAAAACUGCGAGAAACGUCGUCUCUAGCACCCUAACAGGCCACUAUCGAUCUGCUUGGAGGAAUUACGGAGAGGUUGAUCAGGGGACGAAGGAUUAUCGGUGGAACUUGUUUUGCAAACAAUGCACAUGGGCACCUGAGUUAAACGACCAUGUGAAGCGAACCUUCGAAGUCAAGUUCGCAGAUCAGAUGAGGGACAUGUUUCACGCAGUCGCACACAGGAUGAACGGUAAGAAGCUGAAAUGGAUGAUCGAGGAAGUCCACAAGGAUAUGAUGGACGUUUUGGCCAAUAAUGAUACGUACUAGAAGAGGUCCAAACAAAACAAGAAGAACAGAAGAGGCGGAUCGAUAGACAAUGUGGUUGAGCCAACCCAUUACCAGGGUUCAAUUUAAUUUGUACAGCAUGCU